AUGAUGUCCUCUCGCGAAGGACCAACAGCCUCUGCUCCGCCCAAGAUAACCAUCACACCUCUACCCUCCUCGCUCCCAUCCCCGAUCCCAACCUCCACAAUCACCCUUACCAUCUCUGGUCAUCCUACCACCGUGAUUGCGCAGUCCUUCGUCGAUCGAAUCUUCAUCACCGUCACGCAGCUUUCCAAAUUUGGAUGCCUAUAUCAAGCUUCGACCGCCCCCAACCCUUCCUCUACCCUCCUCGAUUCUGAUCCUUCCGCUACAGACUCAAUUCUACCACCACCACUGCCGACAACGUCGAUCACAAAACUCGUCGGUACAGAACCGAGUCCUUCCCACACAGCGCUUUACCAGCUGUACGUCGCACAGAUCGCAAGCAUCGUCACCAGCACCGCAAGCAAGCAGGAUGCCAGACCCCUGGUGGUCAGUCUUGCGUUAAAACCAACUGCCAGUGCCCAGCUAGGGGUCAAAGAUGCGGUCGUGCGGAAUGAUGAUGAUGAUGAAGUGGACUCGUUGAUGUCGAGCGAGGAAGAGAGGAAGAGGUAUAUGGGUGUCAUGGAUGCUGUGAAACAGUGUAGAGUCUGGUAA